AUGAUUUAUCAACUAUUAAUUCUAUCAUCAUUAGUUAAGGUUCUAACUUCAUCAGCCAUCAAGGAAUAUCACAGUUAUGAAAGUGAAUUCAAUAAUAUAAAAUUCAACCAACUUAAACGCAUAUAUCAUCAUUUUAUCUUAAAUCGAAAUCCAGCUAAUCCUUCAUGUUUCGGUUGUAAAUCUGGAUUAUGGUUGGCUAAAACAUUUGUCUUUGGUAGUAAACAAUUUGUACAUGAACAUAUUGAAGUGACUUGUACAAAUUUAAAAAAUAUUUAUCAACCUUGUGAAAGAAUAUUAACUGAAUUUCUGGAUUAUGCUUAUGAUUUGAUAUAUGCUUACAGUGCAGCCGAACUAUGUGCACUUGCUGGGAUAUGUGCAAAUCCACCGAAAAUUGACUUUUGUCCACUUUGUUUAAUGAGUGUAGCGGAAGGCAAAAAUAUUUUAUUAUCCGAUGCUCUUCUAAAUGAAUUACAAUCUGUAUUUGUACAUGUAUGUGAUUAUGUAAGAUUGGAAGUAGAAUGUUCCACAUUUUUGAAUGAACUUUAUAAAAAUGUUGUCGAUAUAAUCAAACAUGUUGUAGAACCACAUUUUGUUUGUCAGCUGGGUCACAUGUGUAAUGCAACAUAUACAGAAGGAUCGGAUUACAUUAGAAUUGCAUAA